AUGCGGCCGACGAAGAAAGUUCUGAAUCCAAUCACCGGAGCGGAGUCGCCGGUAAUCGAUCUAGUCGAUCGAGUAGAACAACUUUCCAUGGAGCUUUAUUCAUCGAUAAAAGAGACGAAGAGGCGUCUGGAUCCGGUGGAAUCAAUGCUUCAGGAGCUUGUCACGCUCGUGAAAGCUGGGUAUCGAGUGACGGAGACACCGGAGGUGCAUGGGAGAGAAGAAGAGAUCUCAUCGGAGCAGAAUCAUCAGACUGAUGAUCAAGAGGUGAAAACGAUUGAAGAGGAAGACUCGAAACCAGUGACAGAAUCGAUUAAAGCAACAGAAUCAAGACAAGAAUCGUGUAAACAGAAGGAAGAUGAAUCGAUUUUGGCCAAGGAAAAUCAAUCGCUUGGAAAGGAGGAGACACCUCUCGAUACUCCUACUCAGGUAACUCAAUCUGAUUCGAGUUUGAUGUUGAUCGGAGAUGUCGAGAAGGAUCCGGAACAGUUAGUUGAUGGGGAAAAUGCCUGCCAAGUGUUCGACGUAAUGUCAUUGGGAACGAAACUGGUGAAACAUAGGAGAAAGAAAACGUUCACCAAGACUUGGCGAUUCAAGUUUAAACACAUUGUAGAUUCUAUAGAGAACAGAACAAGACAGAUUGUCAAGUUUGAACAGACUACGAUUAGGGAAAUCACGUUUGGUACUACGAAGAAGAAGGCAAGAUGGGUGAGACACGUUUUAAGAGGCCUGAAACAUGUUUUCUGUGGUGAUGGGCAGUUCAAAGUGAAGCACAUAUGGGAGGAAGGAAAUAUUUUUGUUUUUUGGGGACCUGGGCUAGUGACAAUGCCUAACCAGUGUGUUUUACACACCUUGUGCCAAUGGAAAGAAGCACUGAUACAAUGGCUGCUGCAAGUUUUGUUUCACCUGCUUCCGUCGAAAAUGUUGUUCGGACAACGAAUUUUACCAGUCUUGCAUCCUCUAGUCCUUCAAGAUCGCGAUGACUUGCAAACUGAAGUGGAGGGACAACUAUUUUUUACAAAAGAAGACGCUUUUUCUAUUCUUACCAAAAGAACAUUGCUACAUGUUCCAGUCCAACAAAGGCAGAAGCAGAGACAGUGUUAUAAAACGUGGAUGUUCAAAUACAAACACAGACCACAAUGGAAGCCCUGGACCGAAAAGCAGCAUCUUCAUCUACAAGAAGCUCAUGCGUUUGUUACGAGACAUGAAGCUUAUGCGUUUGUUCUGAGUAGAGCAGUUGGAACUUGGGAAUGCAGAGAAUUUGAGAGGCAGAAGGAGCUUGUCACGCUCAUGAAAGCUAGGUAUCGUCCGGAGGUGCAGGGGAGAGAAGAAGAGAUCUUAUCGGAGCAGAAUCAUCAGACUGAUGAUCAAAAGGUGAAAACGAUUGAAGAGGAAAACUCGAAACCAGUGACAGAAUCGUCGAUUCAAGAGAGCGAAGCGGAUUAUGAGAUGGAAUCGAUGUCACAUGUCUCGACUCAGAUAGAAGCAUCACCGUAUAAGGUAUGUGUAUCUGAUUUGCAACCUAGCCGUCGAGUUUCCCAUGAAUCACGAGACGUUCUUGUGGAAUUCACAUAUGUGUUCAUGAAGAACAAUAGAUUGAUGUCAGAAGUUAGUGGAUAUAUCUUUGAUGACUUCCGAUCUGUUCUUGGUGUUGACGAUGGGGCUGGAAAUUGUGAGACGUCAACAUAUGCCAUAGCUAAAUUGUUUGCACACCAACUGUUUGACAUAUUGCCUCAUAGAGGAAACAAGAAAGCUUUCCAAGAGGAGAACGAACUGAUGCAACAAACGGUAUCACUGGGACAUAAAAAGGAUGAACUAAUGAAGACCAAGUCUUUGGAAUUAUCAGAUUUGAGUCUGGGCCAUAAAUCACAGAAGUAUAUAGUGUCAUUCUUGGCCACGGAUCAUGUUCUACAACCUCAGAAAAUGGAGAGUUCAAGUGGUGAGGUUCUACAAAUGGCAACAUGGAUUUGUUCCACUGGAUCAUUGGAUCGAUUUCAGUCACAACAUUGUGUGGUUUUUGCUGAUUUACCUUCUGGUUUUAAAAGUUAUGGCUGGUUUGGGCUUCAAGAAGACCAAUCUCACCAGUUACAUGUGGAUGAGGUGGUUGAGUUGACUUAUCCAUCACCAACGGCUAGUGCCAAAAACAAGGCUUCCAUGGUGGUUUAUAUGUCUUCUAAGGCAGAACAGAUGCGAACUAAGAGGAAGCAGGGGAAGUUCUUGAAAUCAUGGCGAUUCAAGUUCAAAACGGAGCCAUUGGUUAGAGUGGUCCAGAAGUCUCUCAUAGCAUUCGCGUUCAAAACGAAAACACAUCCUCGAAAAUUGACGAAAGAUAAGUUUUGGUUUAAGGAAUCAAAGGAUGUUUCUAUUGAUACAGUAGAUGUUGCACAAACGCACAAGAUUGUUGAUGUUCCUUUGGUAAAGUCAGAUCAGAAGCAUAUGUUGUUGGAAGUGAUAGGGCAAUCUAGCAGAAUUUGGGGACCUGGACUUUCUCCAUUCCAAGGCUGGUCCUUUACUGAAACUUCGGUGAGAGGCAGAGUAUUCAUGGAGUGA